AUGAGACAGAGGGAGCUUUAUUUGGACUCAGAGAAGGUGGCGGCAGUGAAGGUGGUCAUGAGGGUAUUUGGUCGUAACAACUAUACAGUGGAAAUUGGUAUGCACAGUUUGAAGGCAAGUGAGGAAAGCUUGGUAUCUCGGGGGGCAGCCCGAAUCAUCACCCAUGAGGACUACAACAUGAUGCUGAGUCGUAAUGACAUUGCCCUUAUCAAGCUCUCCACCCCUGUGGACUUUUCGGACACAAUUAUGUCCUCCUGCCUUCCACAACGCAAUUCUACCCUCUCCAAUGGCACGGCAUGCUACAUAACUGGGUGGGGUCAGCUGUCCACUGAGGGUGUGAUGGCUGACAUCCUGCAGCAGGCUCUCCUGCCUGUGGUUGACCAUGAAACCUGCUCGCAGCCCGAUUGGUGGGGUGCCUUGAUGACCAACAAGAUGAUUUGUGCUGGUGGAGAUGGUGUCACAGCAGGCUGCAAUGGAGACUCUGGUGGUCCUCUAAAUUGCCAGAACCCUGAUGGAUCCUGGACCAUCCAUGGCGUGGUGAGCUUUGGUUCAGGUCAGGGCUGCAAUGUGUUCAAGAAGCCAACUGUAUUUACCAAAGUGAGCUCCUACCUAGAUUGGAUUGAAAAAGUAAUCAAAGGGGUAAUGAGCAACGACUGA